AGGCCCAAGAGGUUAUGGAUCGAUGCGAUUUGCAUCAACCAAGAUGAUAUCCAAGAGAGGGAGUCCCAGGUCGACAUCAUGAGACACAUCUAUCGGUCAGCCACAGAUGUCAUAGCAUGGAUCGGGGAGGACAAUAGUCCCCGAGAUGAGCGAGGAGUGGCCUUUUUGCAACAAUUGAGGGUCCGGACCGUAUGCACAGGUGAUUGGCCUCGGGGCUUGGUGAAAGCCACGGCCAAGCUUGAGCCGGAAACCUUUCUGUGGCUACUCUCCACGGCCCCUUCUGGUGUUUUCACCAGCCCCUGGUUUGACCUUCUCUCGAUCUUUGAGCGGCCUUGGUUUUCUCGUAUUUGGACUGUCCAGGAAGUCGUGAUGGGGCGGUCAGUGGGGGUAUGGUGCGGCUGUCACGGAAUAGAAUGGAUGGACAUCUGCUAUUGCGCCGUCUUUAUUCUGCGCCAUGCUACCCACGCGCUGAGAAAUCUUGCUAAACUAGACACCCUGGACUCUCAUGACUUACAGGGUCUUGGUCUUCGGAUUUAUCAUUGGCAACGCCUGAUCGCUGCCGCCAAGAAGAUUCAUGUCGUGGGCCUGUUUACAUCAUAA